ACAAGCAGUGCGGGCCCCGCCGCUGUCACUUGCUCGUCCUUCCUUCCUAUCCAGGCCCGGGGUAUCUCUCUUCUGUCUGCGAGCCUCUGACGCUACCUUUUGCCUGACUGUCAGCAGGGGUUCUCUCUCCUCACCGUGAUAGGAUGCUAUUAUUCGUGGAGGUUGCCUCUAAAGGUGCCGGCCUGAAUCCUAAUGCAAAAGUAUGGCAAGAAAUCCCCCAAGGAAGCGCUGCGGUGUCUCAAGCGGUCAAUGGCACUGAUGAUUCCUGGGAUGAAGCAUCAGCAACAACUGGGACCGGCACAGAAGAAAAUAUGAGUGAGGCUUGCAAGCAGUUCGAAGUUAUGUAUUCCCCAACUUGCGAAGCGAGCCAGAAUGGUCUCGGUAUGGAAGAAGCGGCCGCAAAUGGAAUGGAUUUAAUCGUACCGGAUGAGCUUGGAUACCAAAUGUUUGAGGCAUCAGGUGAUGGCACUUCUACCGUUCCAGAGGAAGUUUCUGCCGAAGAUCUAAAAGAAUGUCUCAAAAAGCAACUUGAGUUUUGCUUUUCACGAGAGAAUCUUUCUAAAGAUCUCUAUUUGAUGUCACAAAUGGAUAGUGAUCAGUUUGUACCUAUAUGGACAAUAGCAAAUAUGGAAGGAAUCAAGAAACUGACCACUGACAUGGAUCUCAUCCUGGAAGUAUUGCGUUCUACUCCUGUGGUGCAGGUUGAUGAAAAAGGGGAGAAAGUGCGACCGAAUCAUAAACGGUGUAUCAUCAUUCUUCGUGAAAUCCCAGAAACUACUCCUGUAGAGGAAGUUAAAGCACUCUUUGACAAUGAAAAUUGUCCCAAAGUUAUAAGUUGUGAGUUUGCUCACAAUAACAACUGGUAUGUUACAUUCCAGUCAGAUACCGAUGCUCAACAGGCAUUUAAAUAUCUACGGGAAGAAGUAAAAACUUUUCAGGACAAGCCUAUAAUGGCUAGGAUAAAAGCCAUCAACACAUUCUUUGCAAAGAAUGGUUAUCGGUCCGUAGAGUCCAGUGUGUACGCUCAGCCGGUUCAGUCCCAAGCACAGUUUGCCUCUCCACUUUUUAUGCAGCCUGUAUUUAAUCCUCAUCAGCAGUACUCCAUUUAUAACAUUGUGCCUCAAACGUGGUCUCCAAACCCAGCACCUUAUUUCGAAACUCCACUGGCUCCAUUUCCCAACAGUGGAUUUGCAAAUGGUUUUAAUUCUUCAGGAUCUUACAAAUCAAGCACUGCUUCGUUGGGUGUAGGCAGGCCGUUCCAUCGAAAUCGUGUCAAGCCCCCGUUUCGAACGUCUUCAAACUCUGAUCGGACUUCUGACAGCGGGGCUACAACGGCUCCAGCAUCCUUAACAGAGGCACCUUUAAGCAGACUCAACUCCAGGGGUUUUCCAUCUGAUCGACAUACAGCGGCAGGGCACCUAGAUCUUGGGUUCUCUCCAAAGGACACACAGUCGUUACAGAUAGAACAGAAUGGUUCGGAUGGAGCUGGUCGUGGAAGGCGAAAUGCCUUUAGAGGUAGAAGACGAAGAGAAGAGGAUCGUAUUUUGCGGCCCUUGUCCACAAUGGAAGACGUUGCACCCGCACCAAAGUUUGACCUGCUAGCAUCUAACUUCCCUCCGUUACCCGGAAGUAUAGCCAGCACCCCGGGGGAACCCGUCCUAGAAAGCAGGAUGGCUGAUGUUGUGAAAGGAAUUUGCAAAGAAAAGGAGAAUAAGGAAUUACCUGCAAAUUUGUCAACACCAGCUCAGGAAGAACCUGCGAAAACUCCCCUCCAGCAGCCUGUCGCAUGCACAACUCCCCGUACCACAGAGGAAACGACCCCACAGCCAAGUAACACAGUUCUUCAUGACAAGAAGCCUACAGAAUUAUCAUGUCAUAAGGACGUUGCAAGCCAGACCCCUGCCGUAUUACCUGCAUCUACUCCUACAUUAAAACCACAUAAAACAAAUGCUGCUGUGUCAUCAGCUUCUGUCUCACCGUCAUUGAAUACACAGGAGCCUAGGAAAUUAAGUUAUGCCGAAGUAUGUCAGAAGCCCCCACAAACUCCCGCUCCUGUACAGCCGCUCCGUGAACUGCGUUCAAAUAUCUCCCCGCCAGCCAAAAAUGAUGAAAAUGCUGUUCCGGAAAAGAAUGUGGAAAAAUCCCAAGAGAAGCUUGAAGGAAAAGUAAAGGAUUCUCCAGGACAUCGCAACAAUGGAACGCCCAGAAGCGGUGCGGGGAAAAUCAGGGAUCAGAGGCGCCAGUUUGUGCGCAGGUCUUCACCUCAGGGAGCAACACGGCGUAAUGGCAAGGAGCAAUACGUGCCACCAAGAUCACCAAAGUAAUCAAAACAAACAAAAAAAAAAAAAAAACUCAAACUUUAACUGGACUGAUGUCAGUGGUGGAAUGAACUCUGAAAUGCUCAGCCGUAAGGACUGACUUUGUAAAAAAAAGAAGAAAAAAAAAACAACAAAAAACAAAACAAAGAAAAAAAACAAAAACCAAUGAAUAUGGACAUAAUGAAAUUACUAAAUUCAUCUCCGUGGCUUUUGAAGUGGUGAAUAGCAGUUCAAAACAGAGCAAUUUAGUUCUGGGGGAUUGGAUUUUCUUUUUUUUUUUUUUUUUAUUAACAUUUUAAGUUGCAGAGAUGACAUGCCUGUUAAGUUUCAGGGUGGAGAUAUAUAGGAAACUUUCUGUGUAGAAAGAGGGUGAGAAAAUAUUUUUGAAAUGUGUUUAAUUUUUUUUUUUUUAAUCUAUUUAAGGCUUUGUUGGUCAUAUACGUUUUCUAAAUGCCAUCAAUGUCCUCGGUGUGUCAACUAUGGCCGGAUGGUUGUGUCCGUGGUAUAAUAACUGAAUGUACUGCUGUUUCCUUAUUCGCUGGAAAUGUAGUUUGUCUUUUGACCUUACUAGAAUUUCUACCCAAGCUUUUAUUUCCUUUAUAAGCUGUCUUACAAAUCGGGAAUAUUCCACUCUUUUGCAAGAUGGUAGAGAAGGUUUUGCUUAAAUGGCAUGUAAUUCAGUAAACUCAUGUUUGUUUUUAUUUCACAUUUCUUUACUGUUGUAACUAUCCCCCCCCCCAUGUUAUGCAUGGUUUUCAUGCUACUAAUCUACAAAUGCAACCUGUGUAUGUACGUCUUGUUAAAGAAAGGGCUAUGCAUAAGGGAUUUACGACUUUUAAGUGGGUUCCAUGGGAAUGAAGAGUUAAGUGCUUUAUUCUUUAUCAGUGACCUACACAUUCUUGCUAUAUAUGUGUAUAUAUGCUGGUGCAGCUUCAGUGUAGAC